AUUAAGUAAUUCAGUUAAAUAACCCAAUAGACAAAAAUGGAUUCACUAAUAACAUUAAGGAAAAUUAGCAGAAUUGAAAUAGUAUGCCGGAGAACGUUAUAAAAUAUUUUCAUAGCAGAAACAGACGAAAUUUAUGAUAACCUCAAAACAGAAGAACUAGAAAAUUUUUAAUAAAACAGCAAAAUGUUUAACGAAGACGAGGAUGAGGAGGCCACUAUGGGUGCCGUCAGGUACCCAGUCAUGCCAUCGCUAGUGGCUCUGCAGCAGAUGAGAAACAGGAUGCAUCUCGCAUACCUUGGCAAGAAAUUAAUGAAGUGGACCGCUAUGGCUACUAGCAAAGAGCUUAGACGAAUAGCUGUCGAAAUUGCAAAUGCCCUCAAAGAAUAUGGUACCAAGAUGCAGUUGGGCUUCAUUCUAUUGGCCAGAGCAAGAUAUUUUGUCCCACACAUAAAUACUACGGUUUUGGAGUGCAUACCCAAAGUCGCCACGAUAACAGUAAAAACUCAACAGAGAAGUGUUUCAGGUGUCAAAGUGAAUAACCUUAUCGCUGAAGAUAGCGAAGUAGAUCCUUAUCCAUACCUUGGACUUAACAACGGAGGAAUGUGCAUAUCCACUUGCAAAGACCUGUGGGAGGAACUGGUCAAACUGAUGAUCUUAAUCGUACAAUACAGGAUAACAUUUGUUCUAAUCGAACAAGCUCAGAAGGCUGCUAACAAGAAACAAAACGUACUGUCAAGAUGCAUUAUACCAAGGAUCCUUAUAACAAUGCAUUACAUUUUAUCUGAACUGGACGAGAGAGAACGAGAAGAAACAUUCAGAUUAAAACGAUUCAAACAACUCAAAUACAAAGGCAAAAAAGGUGACCAAAACGAACCGAAAGAACCUGGGCAAGAAGCUAUUGUUCCUCCUCCCAUUCCUCCUCCUGCUCCUCCGUGUCAAGUAUGCGGUGUAGAAUCGCCACCGGCUGAAGAUGAAUACAUUGAAGCUGAAUACAUUGAACCUGAACCUGAAUUUGAACCUCAACUUGAACCUGAACGUAAACCUGAACGUAAACCUGAACGUAAACCUGAACGUAAACCUGAACGUAAACCUGAAUUUGUACCUGAACCUAAACCUGAAUUUGUACCUGAAAAAGUAGGUUUCAAAGAGAGUAUUUGUAGCUGUCAUGUCCCUGAAAUUGAAGUAAAAGAUGAUGUACAAGUUUGUCCUCUGUGCCAACUUGUCGAAGAUGACGAUUCUAAAUUGCGUGUAGGGACAUGUACACAAGGUCCCCCUAGAACCGCUCCUCCGAAAGAUCGCUUGGAACAUCUUAUGGCACAUAUAAAUCAAAUAAUUGAAUUAGUAAAACAAUUAAGUGUUGGACAACAAUUACCUUGUGGAAGAAAAGAGAAUAUUAUAAAGUGUUGUGAAUCAAUGAAAUGUAAAAUUGAACAAUUAUCGUCUCCUCCACCUCCAUGCGACUUUUGUAUGGAUGCUGCACAGCAAUCGGAGCAACCAAUACCAGAACCGGUUCCAGUACCAACACUGCCACCAGCACCAAAAUCGCCUCCAGUGCCAAAAUCGCCUCCUGUGCCAAAAUCGCCUCCAGUGCCAAAAUCGCCUCCAGUGCCAAAAUCGCCACCAGUACCACAACCGCUACCAGUUUCGCCUUGUAUAUCUGUCCCUGAAAGCGUAACAUGCUCUUGUGUACCUUCAAUAUGCAGUAAGUUAGCACCAUCAGUAAAGUCAUCAAGAACUACACCGCCAUGCCGUCCGCCACCAGAAAUACCAUCCCAACGGUCAGUAUUGCCGAAAAGUUCAAAAUUGUCAAAACAAAAACAUAAAUUAGGUUAUUUCGAAACAGAAUAUAAAGAAAUUAUUAGGGUGACAAGGUCGAUGAACCCAGACGGUACUUUGAGCGAGGAGAAGCAAGUUAUAACAGUGAAAACUGAACGAACAAAUCCCCGGCGUAAAAAGAGUAAUGAGUAUGACGAUGAAGGUUACUCUACCCCUUGCCGAAGAAGUGAUAGCGAUUACGGUGGUGGUGGGGGUGGUUUUAGCGGCGGUGGUGGCUGUUGUGGAGGUGGGGCACCUCCUGAUGACAAAUCUUGUAGAGAUGGUGGCACUUGUAAGUCUGGAACAUUAGAACGCCAAGGAGGUGGUGGUGGAGCCGGUGGUUCUCAAAGAAGCACCGGCGGGGAUGGUACGGACGGAAGAGAAUGUAAGGCUGGUGGUGGAAGUGCCCGCGGAUUAAACACCCAGUCUUCCUGUACAGAGGGAGGGGUGUGUCGAGCCGAUAGUGUACGUCUUACUGCAAUUGACUACACUAUUCAAUCGGAUGUGGCUGGAUCAUGUGGAGUUUGUAGAGUUUCCAGUGCAUCAAUGCCUAAAACUCCUUCAGCAACACUACCUAUGAUUGCUACUUAUGCACCUCCUAGUGCAUCUAUUUGUAAUGCCAGUGCUCCUCUAUCAGCAACUUCUUGCGCUUCUCCCUGUUCCGCAAUUGCUAAACCUGCUCCCUGUGGUAUACCUCAAACUGCACCAGCUAAACCUGCUCCCUGUGGUGCUUCACCAACAGCACCAGCUAAAUCAGCUCCCUGUGGUGCUGUUCUAACAUCACCAGCUAAAUCUGCUCCUUGUGGUGCUCCUCUAUCAGCAUCGGCUACGUCAACUCCCUGUGGUACUCCUUCAGCAGCAUCAGUUAAAUCUGCUCCCUGUGGUGCUCCUCUAACAUCACCAGCUAAAUCUGUUCCUUGUGGUACUCCACCAACAGCAGCUAAAUCUGCUCCCUGUGGUACUCCACCAACAGCAGCUAAAUCUGCCCCCUGUGGUGCUCCUCCAACAGCACCAGCUAAAUCUGCUCCCUGUGGUGGUUCUUCAACACCACCAGCUAAGUCUGCUCCCUGUGGUGCUCUUCCAACAACGCCAUCUAAAACUACUCCCUGUGGUACUCCACCAACAGCAGCUAAAUCUGCUCCCUGUGGUGCUCCUCUCACAGCAUCAGCUAAAUCUGUUCCCUGUGGUGCUUCUCCAACAGCAGCUAAAUCUGCGCCUUGUGGUGCUUCUCCAACGGCAGCUAAAUCUGCUCCCUGUGGUGCUUCUCCAACAGCAACGAAAUCUGCUCCCUGUAGUGGUUCUCCUACGGCAGCUAAAUCUGCUCCUUGUGGUGCUUCUCCAACAGCAGUUAAAUCUGUUCCCUGUGGUGCUUCUUCAGCAGCAACUAAAUCUGUUCCCUGUGGUGCUUCUUCAGCAGCAACUAAAUCUGCUCCCUGUGGUGCUCCUCCAUCUGCACCAGCUGUAUGUGGUUCCCGUGGUCCUCCUUCGAUUCCACCAGCUAUAUGCCGUACCUGUGGUCCACUUCCAACUGCACCUUGCGGCCCUCCAUCGACUGUUCCUUGCACAACUCCUAAAAAGGCCAUUUGUCCACCGCCUCGUAAACCUUUACCUUGCAGUGCCGGCGGGAUCUGUAGUAAUGAAACACUACCGGCCGGUACAAGGGUCCCAAGUAUGCGUUACUCUAUGGGAAUUUUUGACCCCAGUGAGGGCGUCUACAAAUCGUGCGGAGCUAGUGCUCAAAGUAGUGUGCCAAGUGUUAAAAUUUGUAAGUCAAAUACAGAUGGUGGAGUUCGGAAGACCUGUUUAGCUGACAACGCCUCAAAAGCAUCGAGAUCCAGUGUUGUCAUUAAAACAUGCAAAGAAUGUGGCGUCUGCACGAUCAGAGACAAUGCAGACAGUGGGUACAACUCUGCGGGUACCAGCAUCGCUAGUGGGUCCCAGUGUACCUGUGACAAAUGUAAAACUGGUGUGGGUUGUGGGUCUCGUUGCGUUAUAACAGAGUACGUGACUAGCAUUUGCCAGAGUGGUGAAGACGGUUCAGAUGACCUCAGAAAAGACCGUCGCACUAUUGGAUGUGGAAGCUCUUUCUAUCACACUACGACCUUUGGUUUCAACCCACUUCCACCAAGUUUCUCCUACCCACCACACGGGCCUGCAGCUACUAAAAGCACAUCCACUUCACUAAAACAUUAUAACAACAUUGAAUCAACGAGUGGGUGCGCAUGUAAGGCUAACAGCACAGGGACAGAUAGGAAGAUGACUUCAAUGACCACGAGUGAUUCUUCUUCAGUCGCUUCCAGCUAUCGACCUCCUAUUGCAGAAUUGAGGGACUUUUAUUGCGGAACUGAUGCACCAAUGUUCACGAAAGGUGUGUCAACAUCUACAUCUGCACAAUCCUGCUGGAACCCAUUGGUUAAGAAAAUGUGCGAUAAAGGCACUUUUUGCAUUCCUGAUUGCAGUACCAAGGCCGGCGUUGGUAAUGUCAAUGAAUCUGUAGUUCGCACAAGCCUUAAAAGAGGCGGAGAGCUAAUAAUACCGACUCCUUGCUCUAGUGAUGCGAGUAAAAAUAUUAGAGUUAGGUCUUUGACUAACAUCAGCUACUCCACUGAGAUGACUUCAAAAUCACCAACAUCAGGUGUUGAUGGAAAUCGGUGGUUGGAAAAUAAGGAUGAUAAUAAUGACCUUAUUCUCAAAGGAUGCACGCUGUAUGCACUGAGGAAAAUGCUCAUGCCGAGAAGUAUAUCGACACAAUGUAGCGAGGUGACUCUAGUAUCCGCGGUGGAUUCCAUUUGUUCGUGUUAUCACUCAAAAUCGGCAAAAUCGUGCCAGAAAUGUGCAAUGCAAUUACAAAACAAUCCUACGUGCUACACGUAUGUUCAAUUGCGUGAUUUUGACUUGGAAGACGAAACAUGUGUCUCUUGUGGAACCCUUGGACAAUUGUCUACUCCGUCUGCAUGUACGUUAACUGAGAACACGGUUAUCCCUUAUAAUACGUCGCAAAAGACGAGUAACAGCUUGUUUUCUGAAUGUAAGUCUAUGUGUGCAGCUAUAGCACAGCAGAUAAGAACUAAAUGUGGUACACCGCUGCCACAGGAGAUCUGCUGUCCAAAGCCAGGUGCUGUGAAAACAGUGAAAGUCAUACCAAAACAGAUUCCUAUGCUUGUUGAUGCCUAUACAUCUACAAAACGUAGCGACAGAUUCGAUUGUAGACCCUUAGUGGUUUUCAAAAAGAACCACACGUGCGCGAAAAUUCGAAAGAAGGUUUGUGCGUGCCAUUCUGAUUCUCAUGUCUGUAAGAAAGUUAAAACUUGUGCCACGUUACAGAAUAGCAAAUCCUGCAGUUCAGAUCUAUACACAGAUUAUCCAUGUUAUUGAUAUACACUGAAGUAUUAAAUAGAAUUUAAUAGUAACUAUUAGUACAAUAUGAUGUUCUCCAUUUUAAC